CAGCCCUCUGACUCGGAGCAGACUGACGCGCCUCCUCGUCUCGGACUGCUUACUGGAAUAUUUCUAGAAAGGAAACAUUGUAAUAGCGCACAGUGAAGACUGUAUCACUAAAUAAUGAACUGUUUUAAUAACGCUCUGGAGCCGGUGCGCUACGCAUGAAGGCUAGAAGCUGAAUUGAUUUGGAUUUGGGACACUUGACGCCUGGAUUGCUCAGUUCACAGUAUGGGACGGGAGCAACAACAGUAGUUUUUCGACUUUUUUUUUUUCUUUCUCUUUUUUCUUUUUUCUUUUUUUAAAUUUUUUGAACAGUAGGACGCGGUUUUCUAAGUAAUGAGAGGGUCAUUACAGGGCAAAAGAAACACUGGACCUCUUAUUAACUUGAUAUUAUCCGGAGAAAUAUUGAUGUUCUGCACACAGUUCCACUGUCCUCAUCACAGAUAACCCACGGAAAAGACAUUCAACACUUUGAACUGUAUGUAGACUGGCCAGACUCAUGCAAAACGGAGAUUAGUGGUGUCUUUAUUAUUUAUUCCAAUGGCAGAAGAAUAUGAACUGUCCGGUGCGUCAGAAUUUAUCAAAGACCGUCUGUACUUCACCACUCUGCGCGUCAAGCCAAAGAAUACAGCCAACACACACUAUUUCAGCACCGAUGAUGAGUUCAUCUAUGAGAGUUUCUAUGCUGACUUCGGUCCCCUCAACCUGGCCAUGCUGUACAGGUACUGCUGCAAGCUCAGCAAGAAGCUCAAGUCCUUCACCAUGUCGAGAAAGAAAGUAGUUUACUACACCAGUUUUGACCAGAAAAAGAGAGCCAAUGCUGCUGUACUCAUUGGUGCCUACGCUGUAAUCUAUUUGAAGAAGAGUCCAGAAGAGGCCUACAGGACUCUGAUCUCAGGAAACAACACAGCCUACCUGCCUUUCAGGGAUGCAGCCGUGGGGGAGUGCUCCUUCAACCUCACCGUUUUUGACUGCCUACAAGGAAUACGCAAGGCAUUACAGUAUGGUUUCCUGCACUUUGAAAGCUUUGAUGUGGAGGAAUAUGAACAUUAUGAGCGGGUAGAGAAUGGUGACAUGAACUGGAUCAUUCCAGGGAAGAUUCUGGCAUUCAGCGGUCCUCAUCCUCGCAGUAAGAUAGAGAAUGGUUAUCCUCUCCAUGCUCCAGAGGCGUACUUCCCAUACUUCCAUGAAAACAACAUCACAGCUGUGGUCCGUCUAAACAGGAAGUUGUACGAUAGCAGGCGGUUUCAGGAUGUAGGCUUUGAGCAUCAUGACCUCUUCUUCCUGGAUGGGACCACGCCCUCUGACCUCAUCACCAGGCGCUUCCUGCACGUGUGCGAGAGCACCGAAGGAGCCGUGGCCGUGCAUUGUAAAGCUGGUUUAGGCCGUACGGGCACCCUGAUUGGCUGCUUCUUGAUAAAGCACUUCCGGUUUACUGCAGCAGAGGCCAUUGCCUGGAUCCGAAUCUGUCGGCCUGGAUCCAUCAUCGGCCCCCAGCAGAACUUCCUGGAGGAGAAACAGUACAGUCUGUGGGUUCAGGGUGAUGUCCAUCGCUCCAAACAGAAGCAGGCACAGCAGAGACAGAGUCGGCGACAGCAGUUACAGCAACAACGCCGACAGCAGCUACAGCCCAGCACCGCCUCCGAGGGGGCAGAACAGGAGACCAUGUCCUGCCUGCUGUCCAGCAUGGAUGACCUGUCAAUCAACACCACCCUCUACAAAUCAUACAGCCUGGAUGAGAAUAACUGCAGAGAAGAAUAUCUAACUCAGGGAGACAAACUGAGAGCAUUAAAAGGACAACGACCACCCAGAUCUGACUCCUCCACCAGGUUUAACCUCUGUAAGCACCCGCAUGGCUCCAUCCUUCCUCCCCCCAGGUCCUACAAAGGCCCCCUCUCCUUCCCCUCCUCAUCAUCCACCCCCAAGCGGCUGGUACGAAGCUCCUCCACCACCCCAGUCAAGAGUCCCUUCAGUCUCAGCUUGUUCAGCACCAAGCCUGCUGUGAUUCGCUGAGGUCACACUGACCUCACUGGGACAUUUCCACCCAACCGGGAAGUUGGAAACAGGGUGAAGCUGCCAGCUCGGCCAACAAUUAAAAGGGCGAGUCAAGUCCAAAACAAACGUGGACGGGCGGACAGAAGAUUGAGAACAUGACUUUAGUUCAGCUUCACCAUGUCCUCUUUUUGUGUUACUGCUCCGGCGUUUCAAUCAAACCAGCUCCGACUGAAAGACUUCAGGUUUCAACCAAGUGGUCCCACUGGUGCUGCUCUGCUGCUGUUGGCUUGGCCUUAUUCACUUUCUGUUAUAUUUUAUUUUUCAACAUUGAUGGUUUUAAAGGGCCAUCAAAUUGCUAUUUUCAUGUCAGGAUGCACCAGAGCCAUUUUUGGGGGUCCUGAACCAAAUUUUAAGAACCACCUAUGGAUAGAAUUCAAGAACUGCAUUGACUUUUUUGGGGUUUGUCCCUGACAUGUAAUGAGAGGAUUAGCACUGAAAUCAUCCCUGACUCUGGUAGAUAACUGUCUGGUACACAUGCCAACUUGUUACCAUAGGAAUCAGUAUUUUCUUGAAAGUGAGAGCAUGAGCAUUUAUCUCUGGCAUAGCAGCUCCAAGGCUGGAUGGUUGGUUUUGAUGAUAUGUGUAUAAACCUGCUGGGUUUGUAUGGGGGAGUGGUAAAAUAGACAGAAGGGUUGGCAAAAAGAAUACACUUGUAACGGCAGAAGAUGCAAAUCUUUGAGUGUACUGGAUGAUAGACAGCUGAAGUUUUUACGCUCUUGAUCUGUAAUUGACUUUACUAAUGAAGUACUUGAUGAAAAUUGAGAUUUUGUUUCCAGUAUUUAUUGAUCUAUAGGGUAAAAAAUGAAAAAACUAACAACUUUUAUUUCAUAAAAGGUCUGUGCUCAUAUUUUGGAUAGUGCUAAUAAAGUGUCAGCACAUGCAUUGAAUGUAAUCUACCACAGACACAGAGAUGACUUUGGUGCCAACGCUCUUGCCACUUAAAUGUUGGUGUAGUCCUUUAAAAAGUGGCCAUGGACAUUAACUUAUACUUAUUACUCCAGUGCACAUGGCCUCAGAACAGGUCACAUCAAGGACACAGUGGAGGGUAAACCCACCUAAACUCUGUGCACCCACUUUUUAACUGUGGAAUAGAGUUUACUACCAGUUUAGCGUAAAUCUUGAUGAAGGAAAAUCAUAGAAUACAUCAUAAUCAAGUAUCAGUAUCAAACUGAUUUAAAGUAUUUGAGGGCCAUGUCCUGUAAGGGUUAAAGAACAAAUCUCUCUCGGUACUACAACAGUGGUUUUUGGUAGUGGUUUGCCUUCUGCUGAUCACUAGAAGUCAGGGUUUACCCACAUUUUUACUUACCUCUCCAUCACUGGAUAUCAGUUUGAAAUACUGAAUGACGAGUGUGCGAUAUGGAUAUGGAUUUCACCGUGUUAUAUGAAUUUAAUAUCAAAAACAGACCACAAGGAAUAGACUCAGCUGUUGAUUUUUCAUCCUCAUUGCCGUCCAUGUUAAACCAUGUUGGAGCCAUGAUGGCAGCAGAAAGGAAAAUAAAAACCUUGUGAUGAAAGUCAAAGGGAGAAGGGGUAGAAACAAAGCCAUGUAGACCCCAUUCUCAUUUCAACUGCACUUUAUGUAAUAUAAUAACCAUAUUUGUAAGAAGUUUUGAACUAUGCAAAAACAAGAGCUAUCAGCUCAGUUUGAAAUAAUGCUGUAAUAAAACAUCAAGCAGAUCUUUUCAGUUACUGACAAAACAUUUAAUGCAAAAAAUAGACUGAAGAUGGGCGCUUUUUCAGUGGUGGGGCAAAGAGACUGCAGUCCUGUUGUGAAUUUGUUGAAUAUUGAAUUACACAGAGGUCAACUCUGUACCAGAGGUCAACUCUGUACCAUUCUCUUUAAAUAUAUAUAUAUAUUCAUGUUUUUUUUUCUUAAUAUGUCACUUGCACCAUGAAUGCUAAUCUUGCUAUGCAAAAUGAUGCUCAGCACAUAUGAUGUUUAAAAAGUACUGUCAAUGUUCUGAAAACUAUUGUGGGUGUGGAUUAUCUGUGCAAAUAUAUGUUUGUGAAUGUAUUAUUUAAUCGCUCUCUGAUUUACAAUGGAGAACCUUCAAUUGCUCAUGAUUCACAGUCUGAUGAGGGGUUUCUCCUUAAUGUUGCUGCAGAGAUUAUUUUUGAAUGAUAAAUAAAGGUUGAUGGUGGUGAACAAACAUAUUCA